AUGGUCAACGCAUCGCGCGGUCCGAACGGCCCCAAAUGCGAUCCUGGCUGGCCUGGCCAGGCCCAACCUCCCCGGAGGUCCUUGGACCGUCCUGAUGUCGGCGGUCCAUAUGGCCCGUAUCGACAAUCUGAGAGGCUUGACAAGUACCGCCCGUUCGCCGAUCAAUUGCUUGAAUCCGGACAGGCCUACCGCUGUUUCUGUACGGCCGAGGACCUGGAAAAGCACAAGGCACAGGCCGUAACGCAGAACCAGUCGACGCGGUACCCGGGCACCUGCCGAAACAUAUCCCCGGAAGAGUCCGCCGAUAGAGCGGCCAAGGGAGAGACCCAUGUCAUCCGGUUCAAGGGUGGAAAUACCUUCCCCUUUGUAGACCGUGUCUAUGGCCUGUACGAGAAGAAGGAGGAGGAAGACGACUUUAUCCUCAUCAAGAGCGAUGGAUUCCCCACGUACCACUUCGCCAAUGUAAUCGACGAUCACUUGAUGGAAAUUACCCAUGUCAUCAGGGGCGCUGAAUGGCUCAUCUCUACUCCCAAGCACAUUGCUCUGUAUGAUGCGUUCAAGUGGGCGCCACCGGAGUUCUUUCACGUCGGCCUUCUCACAGAUAAUGCGGGCCAAAAGCUGAGCAAGAGAAACCACGACGUCGACGUCUCGUCCUAUCGAUGCCGGGGUCUCUUGCCCUCUGCAUUGAAUAACUGGCUUGUUCUUCUCGGCUGGGGUCUGGCACAGGGCUCGAGCAAGAACUCUGAACUUUUCACGGAAAUGGAGGAUCUUAUCAACAAGUUCUCCUUCAAGUUCACCAAGGGUAAUAUCAAAGUCAACCCUCAGAAGCUUGACUCCUUCCAGCACAAGCACGCCGAAUAUCUCUUCCAGAAUCCGGAGGCGCAUUAUCCUGUCCUUCGCGAGUCCAUCCUUAUACCAACCGUCGAUUUUGUCAACCAACUCGACGCCUCUAGCAAAAAUGCCGCCGAAGAAGUCAAGUCCUCGUCUGGGGUGGUCUUCGAUCGCUCCCAGCACGGUGACUUGAUACCCCAUUUCGCGUCCCCCGAAUCUGCAGAGGAGUACAUCCUCAAGAUGUUCCAGCUGAACACGACCCGCUACGGACACCACACCGACCUCAUUGUCGAAAAUCCCCAGCUCGUCUGGACUAUCCCCGCCUCCGCCUACGACGUAGGUCUUGCUUCGUUUUCUACAGACCAAAUAUCAGACUUCAGCAACGCCAUCGCUACUGUCACAGACACUCUGGCGACUCUCUCCACGCCCACAGACGCCUCCAAGUCCUCCGAAUGGACCCAGAAAGAGCUCCAGCAGGCCAUCUCCGCGGCCAUCUCUUCCCUUUCGUCUCAAUAUCCCACUCCCGAAGUUGCCCGCGACACAGUCUAUGCCGCGCUCCGUUUCGCCCUUCUAGGAGACGCCAACAAGCCCUCGAAACCUGCCAGCGUCGUCUUCUACCUCCUUGGUCCCGAGGAGUCGCUGAAACGACUUGCUGACGCUUCCAAAGCUCUCACGAGGGCUCGAAAUCCAGAAAUCAUGAACGCGAACCAGUCACGCCGGCGGACUGACCCUGACCCGGGCCCAACCCCCGUAAGCAAGACGAGGCCCAAGAUAGAUAACACGCUUGCUUAUCAAGGGAGAGAGCUCGACGAGAAUAGCAUCCGUCUGGUUGAGAUACAGCCAGCCGAACAUGAGACUGAUCCCUUGGUCUGUACUCUAUGCGAGGUCGCCUUCGGCAGAAAGCCCAAGUUCGAGGCGCUGUCGUACAUGUGGGGUACCGAGAUAGCGGACGAUGCCAUCACCAUAAAUGACGUCCCGUUCGAGGUCAAAAGGAACCUUCGAGAUGCUCUACUCUUCUUCCGUCGCCGGCUCGCAUCCGGGAAAGCUCCGAAGCUGCUCUGGAUUGACGCCAUCUGCAUCAACCAGAGCGAUGUAGAGGAGCGGAAUAGGCAGCUCCGGAUUAUGGACCAGAUUUACUUUAGGGCUUGCACGGUCGUGGUCUGGUUAGGGAGCAGAUAUACUGAAUUUCAGAGGGAGAUGAUUGAGAAGCGGGAGUCCGAGGAGGGCGAGAAGCGAGAGGACGAAGACCCAUCCUUGAGUAGCAACAGCAUCCAACAGAAUAUGGUUCGACACCUGCGAACCGAUCCGUACUGGGAACGUCUCUGGAUACUUCAAGAGAUCGGGCACGCGAAGAAGCUCCAGGUUUGUUAUGGCGGCGAGGCCACGUCGUGGGAUCUUUUCAUGCACUUCAUCGCCAUGCACAACAGCGAUGGGAACACGGGGCCGCUUCGGCUGGACAGGCUCCUCCGUCAGGAGAAGUACAACGACUCGCAUACCCUCAAAAGGCUACUCGAGGAGCACAGAGAGGCCAAGUGCUCCGAGCCGAGAGACAAAGUCUACGGGCUCGUCGGGCUUGCGUCAGACGCAGCAGACUUUCCGAUGGACUAUAAUAAGUCCCUCUACGAUGUGUGGAAGGAUACGAUGGUCUUCAUGAAUCAAUUUGACUUGUUCAAGGGGGAAUCCCAAAUCGUUUUGAUUGGCGCGCUGGUGAAAAGGGCCCUUAUGGAGGGCCAUGGCGACCCCUUGAGUCAAAUUUCGAGCGGGCACGAGGACCAGGUCGACUCGACGCAGCUUAUCGAAGACAAGGAUAGUCCUCUCGUCUUCCGCCUCAACGCCGUCCCUCUUGGAUGUAUCGCUUACAUCGGACCCUCGGCCAGUGAUGUUAUUUCUAAGCCUAGCGAGGCUUCAAUGUGGCGCAUGGCUACUCAACGGCUAUUUCCUGCGGACGAACUAGGACAGGCUCGUUGGGAGCAUGAUAGUUUGCUCUACGCGCUCCUGGAAUCCGACGAGUCAGAGAUGGAGAAGAAGUGCUUCAACAGGCCAAGUACUGUCGUCUGGAGAGACCAGAGGAGGCUAGAUAGCUUUCCCGCGACCGCCCAAGGCUACACAGAGAAAAUUCAACAGAUGACACCGACCUCAAUCCUCCAACUACCGCAGGUACAGCCACAAGCCGCUGGCAGAUUAGCCUCCGUCCAGCCGCGCCUCUACUUAGCUAGGAGUUACCACGGCCAGACUUCGCGGAAGAUGGGCGUCGCCUCAGGUCUUGCCCAACGGGGAGACCUCGUUUGCUGGGUCCGCUCAUCGAGAAGAGCCCUUUUAGUUAGGGUUGUCGAAUUGAGCCACCAGUAUUGUCCGAAGAUGAGAGUAUUCGGCACGGCAAUGGCCACGGAGGAUAUAUGUAGCCGGACGCCAGACUGUGACUACGCACAACGGUGGCAAUCACUAGGAAGGCAUUGGCGUCUAGAAGUGCAGGUAGAUGCGGGCACGAUAUUUACGCUUUUGGAAUAG